UGUCUACCCUCCGCAGAGGCACCUCAGUAAAGGGCCCGCCCUGGGCAGGAACACCUCAGUGAAGUGUUUGCCCUCCGCAGGAACACCUCAGAACACCUCCGGCCUCGCCUCCGGUCGCAGCAUGUCCCGCCCCGCCGCGCUGCUGCUGCUGGCCGUGCUGGGCGCGUGCGGCCCCGCCGCCCAGGCCGUGGUCAGCAAGAAGAGCACCGCCAGCCCCGCAGCCAACGCCACGCCGCGGCCCUUCGAGGACCUGCCCGAGGCCGGCACGAAAGACCUGGAGCCGCCCUCAGACUGCACCACGCCCGCCAACCUGCCGGGCAACUGCCAGCGCAUCCAGAGCUGCCACUCACUAUACCUCCUGAUGCAGCAGCGGCUCAACAGCGUGCAGAUUGACUUCCUGAGGAGGUCGCAGUGCGGGUUCGAGGGCCGGAACCCCAAGGUGUGCUGCCCGCAGCGGGGGCGGGCGCCCUCGCAGAGCGGCAACAUCCCGGAUUGGAACCGCGUCGCCGGCUUCACCCCGAUCCCCAACGAGGGCUUCCCCAAGGAGAACUUCCCGACGGACUUCCCCGCCUCGGCGCCGAGGAGCUGCGGCCGGCAGCACUCGAGCACGGGGCUCACCCGGGUGGUCGGGGGCACCGCCGCGCGCAACGGGGAGUGGCCGUGGAUCGUCGCCCUGGGUUACAAGACGCACCCCCGCAGCUCCUUCGCCGGCCGCCCCCAGUUCAAGUGCGGCGGCACCCUGGUCUCCGAGAAGCACGUGGUCACUGCGGGCCACUGCGUGUACCAGAAGAAAACCCUCUACCUCGCCCGGCUCGGGGAGCUCGACCUGGAGGACGACGAGGACGGCGCGCACCCGGUCGACAUCGAGGUCGCCGCCAAACACGUGCACCCCGAGUACAGCCCCACGAGGUUCACCAACGACAUCGCCAUCCUGACGCUCCGUAGCGCGGCGCCGUCCACCGACGGCAUCGAGCCCGCCUGCCUGCCCAUGCGGCCCGACAUCCGCUCGCUCUCCUUCGAGAGGUACAACCCGUUCACCGCGGGCUGGGGCUCCACCUCCUUCAACGGCCCCAGCAGCUCCAUGCUGAUGCAGGUGCAGCUGCCCGUCGUCUCAGUAGAGGAGUGCCAGCGCGCCUUCGCCGGCAUCAAGACAGCGACCAUCGACAACAGAACGCUGUGCGCCGGGCUGCAGAAGGGAGGCAAAGACGCUUGCCAGGGAGAUUCCGGCGGUCCCCUCGUUUGGCCUGCUUCGGACGGGACCUACUACCUCAUCGGCGUGGUGUCAUACGGUCUGCGGUGCGCGGAGGCGGGCUACCCUGGCGUUUACACCAGAGUCACCGCGUUCCUAGACUGGAUGCAGGACACCAUGAAGCUUUAGAGUCCUACGAAGGAUCUAGGUUGCCUGCCCGGCCUGCUGUGAUUGAGGAAAGAGACCUGUGAAGUACCUUUUAGAAAUUAUUUUUCAUUAUUUUUUUUCCAUUUAAGACAUAGUUUAAUCUUUUGAGACUGAUUACUAUAC